AUGAAAAUUGCAGUCAACUCACAAAACAACCUUGGAAGAGUUUGGCCUAAACCGAAUCGUCACCGAGACGCUGUCCCCACCGCCUUCACGAUCACUGCCACCUCAGUAGCCAAAGCCGCCACCUCCGUAGCCAACGCCGCCAUAUCCUCUGCGGCUGUAACCUCCGUUACCCUUACCACCGCCUUUGAUCGCGUCCCUCAUGGCCUUCUCGUUGUUGAAGGUGACGAAGCCGAAGCCCCUGAACCUCUCGGUCUCACGGUCGUUGAUGAUAUUCGAUUCGAUGACCUCACCGAAUGGAGAAAAGGCCUCCGCAACGCAUCAUUGUUGGUGGAGGAAAGAGUCGGCCUCAUGGAUCAGGACCCGAGUCCACCUCCUGAGUUGUAA